AUGGAUACGAAUACGACUUUCCCAAGGGAUAAUGUCCCACCUGAAAUCAUUUACCAAAUUUUGACAUAUCAGUUCAAUGACUUCAUGCGCAAUGACCAGCCUGGAUCAGCAGAGAAAUUUAAUGAAAAUCUGGCAACUUUCUUAAAGAGUAACCUUACCGUGAACAAGAUGUUUUACCAUAUCUGCAGGGUCCUUGUUUACAGAUAUUGUAACUUGACAACUGCCAAGAGAUUUCAUUCAUUACUGACAUCAUUGAAGAGUAAUGCCAGUUUAAGGAACGUAGUGCAAGUACUGGACUUCCAGGAAUUGACAUCUAUUGGAUUGGGACGGACAGGAGAAAUGAAUAAAAUGAUUAAAAAUUUAACUAAUGAGACUAUUAUGGAAUUCCUACAACUAACUAGCCCCACUCUAAGAGAAUUUUUAGCUAAUGAGAAUAUCCAGGAUGACUUAGAUGCCAAUAUAAUCAAGUACCUUUUCAGUAAUAAUAAAGUCCUUAGUGUUAUUGAUUUUUGUGGGUGUUCUGGACCUAUAUUUACCAAGAGUUUCAUUGAUGCAAUAGAAGCUUUGCAACUAAGUGAUCCCAAUGGUGGAAUGUACUUUAACUACCAAAUAACUUGCUUAGGUUUAAAUGACUGCACAGAUCUCCCAAGUAAAACACUCAAGGCCACACUUCAGAUGCUACCUGAACUACAGAAACUUGAUUUGGCGCACACAUCAAUCGAUGACGAUACCUUAAUAAAUGGCAUACCGCAUUAUAAGAACUUAACUCACCUUUCGUUAGCUAUGUGCCUUCAACUAACACCAAGAGCAGUCUUAGAGUUUUUCAGUCACCAUCCGGCUGUUACAGAUGAAAAUAACACAACGACCUUGGAAUGGUUGAAUGUCAGCGCACUUACACAUUCAUCAUCUUGGACCGAGGUACACACGAUGUUUUUACUUAAAAAGUUAUGUAGGUAUGGCCACAAUAAGACUUUACAAUACCUCAAUAUCGGUGGCUUACCUCUCCAUAUAGAGGAAAUUGACUCUACUAACCCUUCUAAUGCGGAUGGUAAUGGAGCUCAAAUCAGAUUUACAAGGAAUGGAUAUUAUAUAACUACCCGUGAUACUUUACAGUUCAUAAAACUCAAUUUCCCUAAGCUUAAAAGUUUAAGCAUUAGAGGUAAUGACAUCCCAAUAUCUAAAUUGGUUGAUUUUUUAACGCCUGACCCAAAAAUGACAACCCAAUUGCAUAAAUCACUAAGUUCAACUAAUAAUUCCUCAUACCUAGCAUUACUGCAACCCCAACAGGAAGAAAUGAACGAAAACUACCAGAAACUAAGAUACCUAAAUAUAUCUGACAACGCCCAUGUCAACAGGUGGACAAUUAAUGAACAUAAAUUGUACACCAGCUGUCCUACUCUUGUUGCUCUCGAAGUAUCAUUUGACGCUUGGCAACAAAUCGAAAAAUCAAAUAGGCAACAUGAAAUUAUUGCUAUGAAACCAGCUUACAAUGUUGGGGAUACCACUACCAGUAUUGUGGACAUGGCAAGAAUGGAGCCUGUUAGAUGGAAAUGUUACAUUGACUCGUCAUACGGAAGGAGAUACUGGCUAUUCAAAACGGAUCCAUACCUAAAUAGAGGUAACCUGGAAAUGCUAACCAAUGUUACCGAGUAUGAUUCCGACGGGCACAAGAUCAUAAAGAUUAUUAACCAACCAGACUUCUUGAAAUUUGCGCAAUGCAAGAUCAUGCUUGGAUGUGGCUUGGUUCCGCAGAGUACCGUAAGGAGACAGAGAUGCUAUCGAGAUUUAAAACCACCCAUUUCACAAUUUUUCACCAGAAAUGGUGGAAUCACCUUUGGUAAUCGAGCAGUACCAAUAACAGCACCAAGAUUACCUUCUGGUGGCUGGAGAAGAAUAUACAAUAAUCUCGAAGAUGCCAAUCAGAUUGGAUCUGCAGAUGACGAGUCAAUGGGGCCCACUGAUACAAUCAUCGAAGAAGACGAAAGUAGAGAUACACCAAUGCACUACAACCAAAAUGGUCAGUCCUUUAGACCAUUGUCCUCAUCUACUGACAGUGGUGGUGCCGGCAUUGAAAGUUAUUUCCAGAGAAGAUCAUCUUCGUCUUCUUCUGUUGGAGAUAUCCGAGAGGGAUUAUAUUGGGACCGAUCAAUCCAUGAUUUACAAGCAUUUGGGUAUUCUAACACAAAUACUGGUGACAAUGUCAUGAGUGAGGAUGACAGGUAUGAGACCGACGAUGAGUAUUUGAACAACCCGGAACUGCAAAGGCGAAGGUCGCAAUUGAGCUUAUUUCUAAGAGCCUCCAACAAUCCCAAACCAGCAGUAAGAAGGCCAGGCUUAUCUAUUCUAGGUGCAACAGACAACUCUCGAUCCUCAUCAUCAAAGUCCCUCUUGACACAGUCUCAGCGCAGACCUAAGAACUACUACUACGAGCACCCAGAAGAGUUCCUGUACGACCCCAAUGACCCUGCCACUUCAGAACGGUACAGAACCCACUUCCAUCUAGUUAACGAAUACGUGGUCUUCGGCUGUGUAGAAAGAGGCAUGUACAGAUACUACAGCUUAAAGGCAUAA